AUGACUCAAGAAGAAGAAGACCUUGUCGAUCCUCAAGAUGAUGUUGAACUUGAAGCUCAAAGAAAACAGAAAGAAACUUUACAAGAAAAGGAAGAGGACAAAGUGAAUGAUCAAGAUAAGGCAUAUGACUCCGAUGCUGGAAUAGUUGAUCCAAGAGAAGAGAGUGAACUGAGUCGUGAACAAGAAGAGGAGGAAAUCAUAGCCAAAGAAGACCAAGCUGAAAAGCAUAAGUCUAAGAAGAAGAAGGAAACAAAGGUUGCAGAGCCAACACCAAAGGUAAAAGAGAAGGUAAAGAAAAAGAAAAUUCCUUAUCCGAACCGGGUGCAAUAUGAACCUAAUAAGGAUAUAUAUAACUCGUUUGCUGUGGCUCUAAGCAAUCUACGUUUAGAACUUCCUCUAGCUGAUGCCAUUCAAGUGCUUACUUAUAAAAAGUUCAUGCGUGAUAUUCUCAACAGAAAGAAAAAAGACGUAUCAGCCCUCGACAAGGACUACAAGAGGGUCAGCUCUCGCAACGUGUUGCCUACAAAGUGGGUAUGUGAAGAAUUCCUCUCGCACAAUGGGUUGAAAGAGGACUUCAUCACCAUGGUCCAGAACUCGGGCAUGGAGGUCUUCUAUGCCCUCAACAUCGACACCUACAAGCACGCCACCUGA